AUGACUAUCAAAACAAAAAUAAAUCAUAAAUGGGACUCCUUGAGAAAUUGAAGGAGAAGAACUUUUGGGGUAAGCCAAAGAAUGUUGUUAUUCGAUUUUUUGAUUUCAUUUGUGACAAAUGGAGAGUGUUUUAUAGCUGACUUACCAUCAAAUUUUAUGACCCUUACUCCCCCCUUUAAAUUUGAAUAAAAUAUAGAUAGAAUUUUAAUUUUUAGGGUGUUUCAACCCCCUUUAUAUUGGAACCGUUUUUUUUUCAAUAGGAAAAUUUUUAAAUUAUUCUUAUAAAAAUAACAAUUACCAUCAACGAUGGCGUUGCGACAGCAAAGAAAAAAAUUUCCCCAAAAUUUGGCAGUUUGAAAAAUAAAACGGCCCGAAGGCGAUUGCAAUUGUCCUGGGGUGGGGUGCAGGCUUGGACUGACUUGGCCUCCCCUCGGCCCACAGACAAGAUGAGCGACGGCGCAACACCAAUCGGGCAUUUCUGGAGGAGCAUUAUGCUGCCUGUGAAUGGCAGAGGUAGUUCCAGAAGGAGACAUUGGACGUUUCCCUCAUACCCUGAGCACUACCAGGGGUAAGAGAAUCCUGUGAUGCAAUUUUUGGUCCAACUAGGUUCGGGUAAGUCUCCCCUUAGACUGGUGACGUCACCAUUUUUGGUGGCCCAGAAAGAAAAGGGCGUUAGGUGGCUUUACUGCUUAGCGCCCCCUUUAAAUUGAAACAGGAUUUUUUUGGUCCAAUUUAAAUGACGGGAAGCUAGAAAAUUGUCUUCAGAUAAUUUUGCGUCUGUUCUUUCAUUUGAGCUCAUUCGAAAUUAA